AUAUUUAUAAAUUCUAUUGUUUCAAAUUUCCCAGUUUGAAAGUCCUGGAAAACACCUGCUAUAAAGGAGGUGAUGCGUUGUUGUUGUCAGAAUCUUUUUUCUUUCUUUUUUUUUUGCUUAGUACAUUUUCACAUUGACUUGGUAUUGUGGUGUGUAGACAGCAAACAUAAAUGUAGACAUGGAUGGAUAACUGAACGGGUCUAUCGGGCAAAGGCUCAAGGGCCCACAGUGUCAGUGAGGGCAACUGGCCUUCACUUGCAAAAUGUUAAUCAAAUUAACACAAAAUGACUAUAAAGAGAUGCAAAGGAUUUGCAAAGAGACAUAAACUAACUACUACAACAGGCAAAACAACCACAAAGAGACACAAAAUGACUACAGAGUACAAAACAACCAGGGGUGUCGUAGUGGGUGGAAAACUGGAACUGAUUACCUGGGGCCCACAAUGGAAGGGGGGCCCUCAAGAAGCCUGGACUAAAAAGUUUGAUUUUGUUUGCAAUUUUAUGUCUAAAUUAGUGCCAUAAGUGAAUUAAAAUAGGAUUAAUAAAUUCAUUUAAUAGAUUAGUUUGCUGUCACCACCAGCACUGCAAUGUUAAAGUACACCAAGUAAUCAUAAAUAGCCCACUGCAGAGGAGCCAUCUUGUGGUCAAACAUAUUUUGAAUGCUCAUUCAAUGUCAAUAGGCUACUUUAGAUUUAAUACACAGUGUUAUCAUAAGGAUAAAGAAGGUGGAGGAUUUUAAGUACUUAGGGUCAACAGUCCAGAGCAACGGAGAGUGUGGAAAAGAAGUGAAGAAACGUGUGCAAGCAGGUUGGAACAGGUGGAGAAAAGUGUCAGGUGUGACAGAGGAGUACCAGGAAGAUUAAAAGGAAAGGUGUACAAGACAGUGGCACUGAAGAAAGACAGGAGGCAGAGCUGGAGGAAGCAGAGAUGAAGAUGUUGAGGUUCUCUUUGGGAGCGGCGAGGAUGAUUAGGAUCAGGAAUGAGUACAUCAGAGGGACAGCUCAUGUUAGAUGUUUUGGAGAUAAAGUCAGAGAGGCCAGACUGAGAGGGUUUGGACAUGAGGUUGGAACUGCCAGGCAAGAGGCCUGGAGGAAGACCAAAGAGGAGAUUUAUGGAUGUUGUGAGAGGACAUGAAGUGAGCUGGUGUGAGAGAAGAGCAUGCAGAGGAUAGGGUUAGAUGGAGGCAGAUAAUUGGCUGUGGCCGAGAGAGGUUACCAUAAGGCUAAAAUAUGUUUUGCUUAAAAAUUAUUUUUGGUCAAAAAUGGCUCUUUUGAUAAUUGAGGUUGCUGACCACUGCUUGGGGAUGUGCAAACGUUCACGGUGGCCUAUUAAGAAUAAAAAGAACGUGCAAUGCAAAGAGAUGGUGGCUCAAAAGGAUAUGCAUUAAUGCAACGCAUAUAUACAGGUGUUAAAGGGUUAAUGUGGCGUGUUAUUUUCUAUAAACUGCAAAAGGGAAACAUGAUCGUGCCAUAUUACAUAAACAAUAUAGUAAUUCUCCUGGUAGAGAGGGGUUUGUAGCUUUUGUUUUCAUUGUAACUGAGAUUUCCGCUUCUGGGUCAGCACGUGAACUCACCGCUCCGCCCAGACUCCAGUUUUCCGCUCCUGUCGCUGCACACACACACAGAGCUCCGCCGCUAGCAGUCACAGGCACUGAGUGCCAGUGCGGAGAGACACAAACUACACUAGUGACAUUAUUUACAGCAGGGUUGGUGUCUUUGCACCGAUCGGUCUGUAUUCUCAUCAAUCGAUUACCCUCCGGGAUCCUUCCGUGACACCGAGUUGCCAUUUUGUUUGGAACAACUCAACCACAAAUGUCUAAGUAACGUUACAAACCCAGGCAGCUACACAUUUGCAGGACACACAGUGGGUUGUGUUUUUUUGCAUGAAAGUAAAUGUUUCGAGCAACUUUUCUUGUGCAGAAAAUCAAAGUGCAACACGUGUAGUUAGACUUGUGGCCAAUCAGUUCUGGAGCCUUGUGCACAGGGGUAUAAAUUUGAGGCAGUUGCCGUAGAGACGUCUGCCGCUGAAGGGUUGAACGCAAGAGCCCGUGAUACCUCGUAAGGAAAAUGUGUGAUGAACACUAAGUCACAGCAAAGCCUACUACGGACUGCUCCCCCCUUCAUGGCCUGUUGGACUACACAAUGUCUGAUGUGAAAGUCUGUCCCACUGUGAGUGGAAACCCCCCUCCGCCAGAGGUCAUAAAUCCCAAGAACCCUGGACGUGUAACCAAUCAGCUACAGUACCUGGAGAAGGUGGUGAUCAAAGCUUUACUGAGGCAUAACUUUUCGUGGCCCUUUCGCCAGCCAGUUGAUGCAGUGGCGCUGCAUCUCCCAGAUUAUUACACCAUUAUUACAAAGCCUAUGGAUCUGAGCACUAUCAAGAAGCGUCUUCAGAACAACUACUACUGGAAAGCACUUGAAUGUAUAGAAGACUUCAACACCAUGUUCACCAACUGCUACGUGUACAAUCGGCCUGGAGAUGACAUUGUUUUUAUGGCACAGACCCUGGAGAAGCUUUUUUUGCACAAAGUGUCCCAAAUGCCGAAGGAAGAGUGGGAAGUCACGGCAAUCACUGCGAAGGAACCAGUGAAAGGGAAAAAGAUGAAUGCAGGUGCAAUACAUCAGAGAUCCCUUGUGUCAGAAGUUGUUCUCCAGCAGACUGUGACAGUUAUUCCACCAGAUGUGCCUCAAUUCAUCCCACCCAUCCAGCUCUCUGCACAAAUUGAUGCAGUAACGAUUAAAAAAGCUUUCAAGAGGAAAGCAGACCCCACGACCUCCACCACCUCCCUUGUCACCAGUCACGAGGUGUCUGCUUGUGGGGAUCAUGCAGCACCUUGUACAUUAUUCUCCAGAAGAAGGCCGAUCAAAGCUCCAAAGAAAGACUUGCCUGCCGUAGAGAGCAAGAAGGUCAGACUGUCCGAGCAGCUCCGAUACUGUAACGAUAUCCUGAAGGAGAUGCUCUCCAAGAGACACUACCCAUAUGCAUGGCCCUUUUACACCCCCGUUGAUGCUGUGGCUUUGGGCUUGCACGACUACCAUGACAUCAUCAAGCAGCCGAUGGACCUGAGCACCAUCAGGAAAAAAAUGGAUCAACGGGAGUAUACAAAUGCAAAGGAAUUUGCUGCUGAUGUCCGACUGAUGUUCUCCAACUGUUACAAAUACAAUCCACCAUCGCAUGAGGUCGUCUACAUGGCGAGACAGCUGCAGGAAGUUUUUGAGGCCCGAUAUCUGAAAGUUCCCCAAGAAGCAGAGGGUUCCAUACCUCAUCAUCGAGCUGACAAGGGACAAGGAGACGGAGUUGGAAGUGUGUCAACUUCAGAAAGUUCUGAAACCGAGAGCUCCAUAGAGGCGGAGAGUCCAUCAGAGGAGGUGGCCGUGCAGCUGGCCAAUCUAGAGGAGCGGUUGAAAGCUGUCAGCGACCAGCUGAAGAGACUUGCCCAAGAGCCCCUGCUGAAACCGAAGAAGAAAGACAAGUUGAAAAAGGAAAAGAGAGCCAAAGAGAAGGACAUCGCUCGACUAAAACACAAGUCAUCAAAGUACAAAUCUAUUGUAGAAAAAGCCAACCACAAGAUCUCUACUUUAUGUUUCAUUUGUACGUCUAGGCAUGGCAACAGACACAAUAUUCAUGGGGUACCUUUGAAAUGCAAGGACGAGGUCUCAUCAGCACCGGUGAGCUACGAGGAGAAAAGGCAGUUGAAAAUAGACAUCAACAAGCUGCCUGGUGACAAACUGGGCAAGUUGGUGAAGAUCAUUCAUGCCAGGGAGUCCUGUCUGCGAAAAUCAUCUCUCGAGGAUAUUGAGGUUGACUUUGAAAUACUCAAGCCUUCCACACUGAGAGCCCUGCAGAGGUUUGUUGCAGCAUGUCUGAGAAAAUGCAACAAGAAAACUAGCCAAAAAAAGCAGGUGAAGCCCACAGAAGGACCGCCGCCUGGAAAACUAAAGGAUGUCAGGACACCUCAGGUUGCUGCUAAAGAGCAGCACUCAAUUAAGAAAAAAAAGCAAUCAGCUAAACCCGUGGCGGCUCCUGACCUCGGCUGCCCUUCACGCCUCAGUGACAGCAGCAGCAGCAGCAGCUCUUCGUCCAGCUCUGAAAGCAGCUCCAGCAGCAGCAGCAGUAGUCAUUCUAGCACUUCUGAUAGCAGUGACUCUGAAUCAGUGCCAAAAACGAAGAAGCCAAAAACUAAAGACUCUUGCCAAAAGGUGAAGAAGAAGUCAAAGGUGACUCACGCUGCCUGUGGCAAGCAGAAAACGGAGACAAAAGAUCUGACAAAAGCCUCGGUCAACACUUGUCAGCCUCUUCUUGCUGCGCAGUCGUCGGCAGCAGAAACCAAAGGCCCCCCAGCACACCAUAGUGAAGACCAGACCUGUGAUGGGCUGACUCUAUCACCACCAGAUUUGUCUGCGCUUUUAUCCCCCAUGGCCUCUCCAGGAGUGUUGCUGGACUGGGCUGCCACGAGAUUUGAGCCAGGCCCUGUGCUGUCCCCUUUGAGAGACAGCCCACUGCAGUCCAAAGAUGAGACCACGUCCAGUAAGUCGCUAGAUUCCGGGUACCCUGAGGAUCUUCCCGACAGUCAGCCGACUAAUGUGCCUUACACUAAUGAAGCAAGUAAAUCUGCUGAAGAGGAAAAACAUCCCAAAAAGGACAUUGUUCUAAAAAACGCUGAGUCUUGGGCCAAACUGGUGAGACAGUCAGUCACUGCAACUGCAAUCAAGUCCUCAAAGGAGAGUUUUCAGCAGUUCCGUAAGGCCGCCAUAGAAAAGGAAGAGCGUGAAAAAGCACUGAAAAAGAAGAAAAAGAUGGAGGACAACAAGGAGAAGGAGGUUUCUGAAAAGAGCAGCUUGCCAGCCACAUGUGAAGCAGAAACAAAUUCACAACCUAUUAAGGAGGAUCCUGAUUCACCUGAUUGUACAGAAGCUGUCCUCGACGCGCCUAAAGACGUUGAGACACAUAAGCCAAAGUCUCCCACAGAAACCCAACCUCUAACCACGCAGUCCUCAGUCGAUAGGCAAAGAGAGAUGGCCCGCAAGAGGGAGCAAGAACGUCGCAGGCGAGAGGCUAUGUCUGGCAUUGACAUGACUAUGCAGCGGGACAUAAUGACCACAUUUGAGCUGAACCUGGACUGAACAGAAACUGGGAUUUACUUGGAAAAAAGUACUUCUGUGUUGUUUGUAUGAAUAACUGGAGCUCUUGGUUCUUUCUCGGGCACAAAAGACAACUUCACCAACCUCAUGUAUGUUCUUGAGAUUAGAAAAUAAAUGUUAAUUGAGGGGGAAAAAACAUUCAGUAAAAAAUAAACGGGUGUUGCCCUUCAUUUGUAUUUGAAAUGGAUGGUAAAUGUUUGCACUGACGCACUGUUGAAUUUGAGAUGAUUGGGGUGACGCACUGUCAAAAAUUGGAACCUGAAACAAAUAUUGUGUGCGCGUCUUUUUCUGUUCUUUUCACAUUUGGAUGACUCCUAUAGCUGACAGUUGUGUACGACAAGCUAAUGAAUGUAUCCAUACACUGUAAAUGCCACCAUGUCUUGUUUGCUGAAAUGUGCAGUGUUGUUCAGGUCUGCUGUUACGUUAUCUUAUUUGAUAAACCAGCAUGUUUCAGGUGAUCCUGACUCAAAAAUAUACUAAAUGUAGGCAAAACACUGGUUUAUAUGUUGAUGUUGCGCACACACACACACACACACACACACACACACACACACACACACACACACACACACACAUACGACUUCUUCUUUUGUUUUUCUUUUUUUUUUUUUAGAUAUCAUUCUGUACUGCACAUGCACUGCACUUUGUUGUUCAUACAGUUCUGGCUGUUCCAAAGUUGCUUUUGGAGACUAUCAACAUGUUCUGUAUGUUACAGU